AUGGCCUACGGAAGCUCGGCACAACAACCGCCACAGCCUACUGCGGAGCCAGCGACCGAUGAUGUGUCCACCCAAUACUUCACUGCUCAUGUUCGAGCCGCGGUGUUUUUUACAAAGGAGGCUGUCACCACGAGGGCACUACUCCAACCUGUUCACCUGCCCAUGGCGAGACUCCACCUCUGCCUUUCGGCCAAUGUGGACUACACUCACCUCCCCACCAUGACGAAGCUGGAGCCAAGCAUAACGAUUGCGGGUGGUGUGAGCGCACCCGAGGUAAUCACUAUGGCGAAGUCAACAGGCUACAUUUCAUUGGAUCCGGAUGUGGACAAUGGAGAGCGGUUCAAGCAGCUCAUCAAAGGCGGCAACGAUGAUAUCCGCCAGGAUGCAAUCAUGGUAACCCUAACCCUAAGCCUCCUUUCUCUUAAGAAUUACUAG